UUAUAGACACACUGUAUUGUUUCUCUAUUACUCCCACCUUCCUCCUCUUCUAUUCUAUUCUAUUAUGCACUAUGGCGAGUACGUUUCCUUCUCGUAGCUGCUAUAAUUGCGGUUCGCCUCAUCAUUUCUGUCGGGAAUGUCCGCAACGAUUCGGUGGUCAACGGCCUCUGGCGACCGGCGCUAACGCUGUCCCUACUGGGAAGCCUCUGCUCACGCUUCCUGCACCUGCAGCGAAUGGAGAUGCGACUCAUGCGGCGGCUCAGCUAACUGCCGGUAAUACUGGAGGUGGAUACCAUAAUAAUGGUUACCAGUAUGGGGGGCCGCCACGUAACAAUUUAUGGAAGACCAAUCAAGAGCGGUUUGGCAAGGUGUAUAAUAAGUAUUUGGCGGACACGGAGAAAGAAUCUAAGCUAAAGGAGGAGGAAGAGAGAGCUAGGAAGACCAAGGAGGAGGAAGAGAGAAAGAAGGAGUGGAGGAAAGAGCGUGAGAAGUUGGAAUUAGAAAUGGCGGCGAGGAUCGAUAAACGAAUGGGGGCGGUGUGCAAGUCGGUCAAGGUCAAUCGCCAGACUGAGGGGGAAUGCAAUACGAAGGGGGAGGAUAAGGUCUCGAGGCUGAAGCGGGAAAACGAAGAGCUUAAGCGGGCGUUGCGAGGUGACGUAGACGAUGCGAAAGUCUGCAAGCUCGAACGGGAGAUUUUAGAGUUACGUAAGCAGGUGAACGAGAAGGAGAGUAAGAGAGACGAGAUUGUGGCACUCAAGUAUGAGAUCCAGCAACUGCGUGAAUCGGCAAUGAAGGAGCAGGACUUGGCUGGGCUUAAGAGGCAGUUGGAAGAUCUUCGUAUUGAAGCGCGUCAAUGGAAGGAUGAGGCAUUGCGGCCAGAAAACAAGCGAGGCAGCAUCGCUAUAGCGGAUUUCAUGGAAGUGGAGGCGCUUAAGAAAAAGAAGGCGCAAGCUGAGAUGGAGGUCAUCAAUCUGCAGAAGCAGAUAAGUAAACUGAAUGCUAUAGAGGUGGGAAGGGAGAGGACGCUGGGAGGAACAAAUUUGAAGGAGAGAUUGGAGGUUGUGGCUCUUGGGAUGGCCCGGAAAGGAAGGAAGGUCACUCCAAAUCGGGAGGGGUUGAGGCGUACACCGCGCCGUGAGGAAGAGCCCAAGCAUGGAGAUCACGAUCGUACUGCAUUUGUCGAGGAGCAAACCAAGUUCCUGAAGAUGUUGAGGAAGUCUGCGUUGGAACAAAUCUGCAAGGAGGCGGGGCUGAAGGCCGGAAAAGUGGAUGAUAUGAUUGAGGAUAUCAUGCAAUUUCGAACGAAGAAUGCGUUUGGGAAGAAAGAUGAUAAGGAACCGGUGGAGGUCGUCAACAUUGAUUCGUCACGUGACGAGUCCACAAGCGGCAGUGACGAAGUCUCCGUGGAACUCCAACUGCCCGACGAUUCUUCGGACGAUACUCACGAGAGUAUGAGACCAAAGGAAGCAUACAUGGCUGCAAGAGAAGGAGGAGGAGCUGCAGUAGCAGGAGGAGGAGCAGGAGGAGGAACAGGAGGAGGAGCAGGAGGAGGAACAGGAGGAGGAGCAGGAGGAGGAACAGGAGGAGGAGCAGGAGGAGGAACAGGAGGAGGAGGAAGGAAGGCUGGCAGCAUAGGUACAAAUGAAACCAACUCGUCCGGGUGCCAAUCGAAAAUAGUCCUUCAGGAUGGUGUCGCCAUGUCCUACUUCUCCUAAUGGAGGGAUCUGAGCGAGCAAGGCCCUAGUUGCACUACUGGCCAUCCGCCAAGAAUUCAAAUGAAUCUGGACAAAAGAG